GCUUAAAUAAAACUGUUUUUUCUUGACUUCCUACUUUGGAAGUAGUAGCUUCUUGGGCUAAAGUAGGUUUGAAAUGAAGCAAUUGAUUUUCAAUACGGUUUAGUUGAUCACCUACAGUAGCUAAGUGGAGAUUAGUAAAGUUAUGUUGUCGUUGGCAAAUCAAAAUGCAACACUGUUAGAUGUUCGGACUUGAAUGGUUGGUGCAUUUCUAGCUUCCUAUACGCUUGGAAGAAACGACCUCCAUAAUGGUCAUUAAUCCUGAUUGUGCGAUUAUAAUGGCUAAAUCAUCCUUGGUUGAACAGGGUUUCAGGAAGGUUGACCCAGAUCGCUGUGAAUUUGCUAAUGAGGGGUUCUUGAGAGGGCAAAAACAUCUCUUGAAGAGUACAUCUAGGAAAAAGCCUCUUCAGAUACACAGUAAUCAACCACCUCUAGUUCAGAGCUCUAAAGUUCCAGCAGUCAUUGAAGUUGGGAAAUUUGGACUAGAGGAAGAGGUUGAAAGACUCAAGCGGGACAAGAAUGUUCUUAUGCAGGAACUCGUUAGAUUGAGGCAGCAGCAGCAAGCUACAGACAACCAGUUGCAGACUGUGGGGCAACGCGUGCAGGUAAUGGAGCAGAGACAGCAACAAAUGAUGUCAUUUCUUGCAAAGGCCAUGCAAAGUCCAGGGUUCUUGAAUCAGCUUGUGCAUCAGAACAAUGAAAGCAAGAGGCCCAUUACUGGAGGCACUAAAAAGAGGAGACUUCCUGGACAAGUAGAAGAAAAUUUGGCAAGCAAGGUUGGCAAUAGUCCUCCAAAUGGACCGAUUGUGAAAUUCCACUCUUCAAUGAAUGAAGCAGCAAAAGCAAUGGUGCACCAGAUCCUGAAGAUGAAUUCAUCGUCUAGGCUGGAACCAUCAAUAAACAACUCUGGUCCUUUCCUGAUUGGCAACCUUCCUUCUUCCAAUGCAUUAGACAGCAGCAACACUUCAAGUCGAAUCUCAGAAUUGAUGCUUCCGGAGGUUCCACCAGCUUCUGGGCCAUCAAGUUUUCCUAUUGAUUCAGGGUUUUCUGUCAGUCAUACAUCUGAUGCCAUAUCUGAGGUCGAAUCCUCAUCAUGUGCUGUAAGUGACCUAAAUAUGGACCAUCUUUCUGAGAUGAGAGUGAAUAACUCGGUGCAAGAUACGGUUCUGCCUAAUUUCAAUCGGAGAGAAUUCUAA